AUGAAUUCCAAGUUGACGACGGGAGGAGCGAGUGAAGGGGAGACUCAUUCUCUUCCCCCCGGUUUUAGAUUUCACCCGACUGAUGAAGAGCUCCUCUUGCAUUACCUUGUCCACAAGGUCUCCGACAGUGGUUUCACAGGAAGAGCCAUCGCCGACGUCGACCUCAACAGAUGCGAACCAUGGGAUCUACCAGGUACCGCCUCAGAAGCUGUUUCUUAAUUUGUUUAGAUCUACCUGCAUGUCGGCGCCCGAGGAAAAAUAAUCCCACUAUGUUUCCCUGUAUGUUGGUUCCCGAGGAUCAUAACCUCGGCAAGAGAAACUGUCAGAAUUUUUCACAAGAUUUGGGUAGCGUUACUAGGUUUCUUGGACUCAUCCCGUAUCUCUCGUGUUCUCCGAUGUAAAACGAUGACUUCGAAGCGGCUGGAUUUGUGGUCUUAACGAAGGUGUUGUCAAUGGACAGGGAAGGCAAAGAUGGGGGAGAAGGAGUGGUACUUCUUCAGCCUGCAGGACAGGAAGUACCCCACCGGUGUUCGGAGGAACAGGGCGACUGAGGCCGGGUACUGGAAGACCACCGGCAAGGACAAGGAGAUAUUUAGCGGCGCCACAUCGCUGGAGCUCGUCGGAAUGAAGAAGACGCUCGUCUUCUACAAGGGGAGGGCUCCUCGCGGGGAGAAGACAAACUGGGUCAUGCACGAGUACCGCCUACUGCCCAAAUCUACCUCCAAGAAUAGAAAUGUCAGUGGAAAUCUUACACUUUUUCCCUCUAAUACCUAGAUUAAUGUAGUUGAGCCAACAUGCUUCCUCCCCCUCCUCUCUCUCUCUCUCUCUCUCUCUCUCUCUCCCCACCCCUCCCUCCCCCCGCAGACCUGGCCUCAGAGGCGUUCCACAUGCAUGCAUGAGCCCUACGAUUAGCCCCUGGAUCAUUUUGCUUCCACAUAAAGACGAGUAAUGAACAGCGAUGAAUGAUGUUAAAUUCCCCCGUUUCGAAUUCUCAUCUCCUGGAUAUAAAAUGAAUAAAUAUUACAGGAUGAACACAACGCCACACGGAAGUCAUCUUCAUUCCGUGUACAAGUAGUAAUGACCGGAGGCUCCCCUUGGUUUCUGCAGGAUGAAUGGGUAGUCUGUCGACUCUUCAAGAAGAGGUCGGAGGUGAAGAAGUCUCCCACGAACCAGUCGCGCCUCGGGAUGACAGCACACGCCAUGUCUCUGGGGACAAAGGGCGACCAACUCCUCCACCACAACAUCGGCGGCAUCGGCUGGACUUACGCUGAUCUCGUGGGGUUGACGACGGGGCUCUGCGGGGGCUCCUCCAUGGACUGCCUCUCCCGUUCUCAGUGGAGCUAUGCGGCCACGACGGCGGCGCUUCUGCCGGCGCCUAGCGCGGCGCAACACGUCCCGCGUUUACCCACGGCGCUUCCUCAGCUGCAUGUUGUCGGCGGCACGCCGCGUCCUGCAGGGCUCACCGAUAUCAAUGCGGAUGACGGCCGGGUCAGGUUUCAGCAGAUCCAGCAUUGCGUUGACCUGGACGGCUACUGGAUGUCGGGUUGA